AUGAUUGCACCGAGUUUGCUCGCCAUCGAUCCGCCUUCACUGGCCCAGCGGUCGAUCGUCCCGAGAGGGCCGCUUCAAAAUGAACCUCAUCGAUCCCAUCCGACCUCAGGCGUGAGGCCUCACAGCCCCUGCGAUUCGACCCAGACGGUCAUUUGCGUCUUGGCCAAAGGACCUGACCAAUGCAACGCUUCUGAGUCAUCCUCGGAAUUCGGCCAACAAAUGAUCGCCUGUAUUCUCCUCCUCGUCGUGACAUCGCCUCGAGCCGCAAAAGGUACGCCCACAGCCUUUAAGGCCUCCUUUCAGUCUCUCCGAGAAACCACUUAA